UAUUAAAAAUAAAAAUAAAAUUUCAUUCGCCACAACAAGAUCAUAAUAUGUCCCCGAACUUCCCCUGUUUCUGGGCUCGUCUCUGUUUGCUCCUCUCCCACCUCUUUCGAUCCUCUCUCAAGCUCAUCUUCCGAUUCCAUGAAGUUGAGAAUGGAGGGAAUUCCGAGGAUAAGAAGGAGGAGGACGAUUACUCGGCUGUAAUUCGUGAACAGGAAGAUGAUUGCGAUGGGUGUACGUAUGGCGGAUUGGAGAAGACUGGUGCUGAAUUGGACACAACUGUUCCAUCGGUGCAAAGUGGUAGUAAUAAGUAUGAGUUCGUCUUGUCUGGGGAAAUGAUGACCGGAUUCAUGGAAGAGCCCAGGGUUUUGAAGUUCACGGUCUGUGAGCAGAUUAGCGAUGAUGAACGAUUCGAAUCCUGCAAUGAGAAGAAUUUCCAUGGAGAUGAAUUCGAUGCAGAGAAUGGUUGGGACUUCUUCGAUCGUGCCCUGAUCGAGAAGCUAAUGGAGGCUCAGAAACGCUACGCAAAAUUCAUUUAUGAAGAUGAUGAUGAUGAUACUAUUGAUAGUCCAGUG